GUUAUUAUUAACACUACACAUUACAGUUUGUAACAAAAUAUUCAAAAUGGUUUGGGAAGUGAGGAAUACUAGUGAUCAAACAGCAGUUCAGUCAAUAGAUAAAUAUGAAGAGUCAGUAGACUUUCAAAAUAACUGUAGAUCUUACUAUCUAAAUCGAGUGGAAGCAAGUGAAAGUUUCAAGAGGAAAUUAGAGCAGAAUAGAGAAAAACCAAAACAGACUUCUAUGUCAGCAGCAAUGGAAAGAUUAAGACAAGAAAUGACUUCCCUUGUCGAUCAAGAUCUCUCCUUAAUGAGACAGCUACUGACACUGAAUGAAACAAUCGAGGAGCUGAAAAACAAAAGACUUUAUGGUGUCAGCAAAGAUUCUUUAGGUGAAAGUACAAAUUAUCUAAAAGACAGCUCACGCCAGUUGGAUAAAAGUAUGUCUUCACUUUCACUCAGCAGUCAAACCUCUAGUGAAUGUAGCAGUUCAAUUAUGUCGGAGGACGACACAGAAAUUAAAGAGUUAGAUUCAUGAAAACCCAUAUGUGUCCAGGACUCGGAAUAUUCUGGCUAUGUGGUAUGAUUGAGGAAUAAAUAAACAGUGUGGGUUUAAACCAAGUACUCAACAUACAAGUUGGAUGAGUAGCAAGAAAAAAAACCUCACGGAGUUUACAGAACCUUGUCAAAUGAGAGGCAACAAACAAUCUGGUUCGAUGUUUUUUUUUUACAUUGCUAGUAAGUACAAUAAUUUGAAUUUAAAACAAUGUAUAAACUAAAGUAAAUGUAUAAACUAAAGUAAAUGUAUAAACUAAAGUAAAUGUAGCUUUUGACAUAAUGAAAUGCACAUCAUGAUAAGACAUAUUUGAAAAAUAAGCUUAUAAAUGUGAAAAGAAAACUUUACAUGAUAUCAAUAACAUUUAAAUAAUCUUUAUUGACUAGGAGAUAGAUUUAUUGGUUGAUAUAUUAUAAAUAUGUACAUACUCUAUUUAAUUACUUCAGCGCAACUUAACUAUAUGAAGUAUGCAAUUAAUUGCGUGUACUGUUUGUGUUGAAUCGACUUUAGAUUAAAACAAUUUACAAAUAAGUGUACGUCUUUCAUGUAUAUUAAACGAUACAUGAUUAUUUCUUUUUCAGAAAAUUGCAAUAGAAGAAUUGAUGCAGAAGUCAUUGAUGCUGAAUGCGGGAAGAACAUAUGAUGGACUCGGUGAUGAAUAGCAAAUGACAAAAUACCAACCGUUUCUAUGUGCAAUCCUAGACUUUACUGCUGUUUUCAUUGACAAUUCAAGAUGUUAUAUGUGCAAAUAGUUAUUGCUGUAGUGAAGUUCAAAUAAAGUUUCAUUACAAUCA